AUUCACAUCAAACAGCGAUGCCCUGCGUACAAACCCAGCUGACGUCAUUGCCCUAUGACAACUACUUAAGCUCUGAGAUCCUGAAUCCAGACUGUGCCAAACUGGUGAUGGAAAUCACCGGCCAAAAGGACCAGUUGUCUAUGUCCUCACUGCCCAGCAUCAACACCUUGGUGGGAAAUGGCUACAGUGGCGAGUUUGAUGCCUACUCCUGCAGGAUUACCACCUCUCCGUCGACCUCUGCAGUUUCUUUCAGCCACCCUGCAACAUCCGAGAGCCUCAGCCCACAGAUGCAGAACCAAACCUUUAAGCUGGAUGAUCUCCAGAUCUAUGGCUGUUAUCCAGGAUCUGUUGCUCUUAGCUGUCUAGAAGAAACACUCUCAUCAUGUGCCUCUGACUACUAUGGAAGCCCUAUCUAUGGCACGGCCUCUCCUUCAACGUCAGGCUUUCAAACCGAGCCCGCACCUGUCUGGGAUUCCCCUUUCAGCCCAUUCCCCCCGGCCCUCCCGUUCUCUGUGGAUAAGGCCAACAUGGCUCAGCAGCUCUCGUUUUAUACCGUCAGCCCUACACAGGAUCAGUACUCUCCUUUGGGGCAGCAUGAGGAUGUUCCAUGUAGUCAAGAUGAUCUUUUUUUCAUGUCACCUCAGCAAAACAUGUCCCCACUUCAAUGCCCUCCCAUGUCUCUGGAACACGGAGCCCUGGAGAUCCCCAGAAUAUUGGAAGGGGCCAUGAUGUCUCCCAAAAUUCCAAAUUCUGGAUCCAGUGAGGGUCGGUGUGCAGUUUGCGGUGACAGUGCGUCCUGUCAGCACUACGGAGUCCGCACCUGUGAGGGUUGCAAAGGUUUCUUUAAGCGAACUGUCCAGAAAAAUGCAAAAUACGUGUGUCUCGCCAAUAAAGACUGUCCGGUAGACAAGAGGAGGAGAAACCGAUGCCAGUUCUGCCGUUUCCAGAAGUGUCUCGCUGUGGGAAUGGUCAAAGAAGUGGUUCGCACAGACAGCCUCAAAGGUCGCCGAGGCCGCCUUCCCUCCAAACCCAAGCCGGUGACCGAGGCUUCGUCCAUGACUCCCUGUGUGAACAUCAUAUCUUCUCUUGUCAGAGCUCAUUUUGACUCAGACCCAACCAACGACAAGCUCGACUUCUCCAAGUACAAGGAGAGGACAGACAGUCUCAAAGAGAAGGAAGAUGCCGAUGAUAUCCAGCAGUUUUAUGACCUGCUGACCGGCGCUUUGGACGUAAUAAGAAACUGGGCUCAAACCAUCCCAGGGUUCAUAGAUUUCUGCACGGAAGACCAGGAGCUGCUUCUGGAAUCUUCCUUUGUUGAACUCUUCAUCCUUCGCCUGGCCUACAGGUCAAAACCAGAGGAGAACAAGCUGAUCUUCUGUAACGGAGUUGUCCUCCAUCGGCAACAGUGCAUUCACAGUUUUGGUGCCUGGAUCGACUCAAUCAUGGAUUUUUCUCAGAACCUUCAUCGCAUGAACUUAGACACCUCGCUGUUCGCCUGUCUUUCAGCCCUUGUCAUCAUCACUGACCGCCAUGGCCUCAAAGAGCCCAGACGAGUCGAAGACUUUCAAAGUAACCUCAUCACUUGUUUAAGGGAACAUAUGGCUGGAAGUGCCUCAGAACCAAGUCGGACACAGCCCAGCUAUAUUUCCCGUCUGCUGGGCAAACUCCCUGAGCUGAGGACUCUGUGCACUCAGGGCCGGCAGCGCAUCUUCUACUUGAAAGUGGAGGACCUGGUCCCUCCUCCACCAAUAGUGGAGAAAAUCUUUAUGGAUACGCUGCCAUUCUGAAGAUACUUGGACGUGUCACAUCUGAAGUGUGGCUAUCAGUGAACUCUACGUCUACU